UGACCAAUCAGCGCCGUGUAUUUCAUACGCUUAGCGGCAGCACGUUUGAGUGACACUUCAGAGACGUCGAUGUCACAGAAGGAUCAAACGUUGAACUAAAUCACAAAUCAAACGUGACGGACAUCACAGCAGUCGAAAGCUUUCCCGGUUGUGCCCGGAAAAUGAUUUAAUACGUUCAAACGGACCCAAUUUCACUGAUGAAACAUGACAGCGCUGUCAAGCAACAACAACAACAAAGCGGUGUUUAAAAGCUUACGGAUACGGAACAGAGUUUGAGCCAUCGCGGCAGGCAGAGCUGAGGAGAUUGUAUGCCGGCUGAACCGAACUAACGGUGCUGUUUACGGAGAAAUCGUUGUUAUUUGCAUAAAUAUGGCUGCAGUAAAUAGUUUUGUGGGUCCAGAGGAGCUCGAGGACACGAAUCACGCUGUAAGCUUAAUGAAAGAGCUGAAAUUAUUCUACGAAUCGCAGUUAUUAGUCGACGUAAGUAUCGAAGUAGAACCGAACCUCGAGUCAGAGGACCAAAGCGGUUCUCCUGUUACAGCUGUGAAACUUUUCCAGUGCAACCGCAAUGUACUGGCUGCAGCGAGUCCUUAUUUUAAGAGCAUGUUCACAGGAGGGUUGUAUGAGAGCACACAGAAGAAGAUAACCAUUCAUGAUGUUGACGCCGAUUCAAUGGCUGUCAUCAUCGAUUACUGCUACACCGGCAAAGUGACAAUCACUGAAAGAAAUGUACAAAGGCUCUACGCUGCAGCCAACAUGCUCCAGCUGGAAUAUAUACGGCAGGCUUGUGCUAAUUUUAUGACAAGAAGGAUGGACCUUUCUAACUGUGCGGGGAUAUUGAAGUUCGCUGACACCUUUGACAAUCUGGAACUGAAGAGCAAGGCUCAAGCAUUCAUCGCAAAGAACUUCAUCCAGCUCAGUGCCAAUGUGAGGGAUCUUUGUGAGCUUGACGUAAAGCAGAUGAAAGAGAUCCUCGGGCUGGAUUCUCUUGAUGUGGACUGUGAACGGAAAGUGUGUUCGUUCGCAAUACAGUGGAUUGAAAACAAUCGGCAUGCUGAUGCAGAAGAUGCAUUGCAGGUUCUUCGAUGCGUUCGCUGGUCUUUGUUUACAGAGAAAGACGGCGUCUAUCUUGAUAGCCUUAAAUCAAAGCCUUUUAUUAAGAAAUAUCUUUCGAAUGUGUUGGACGAGGUUGUUUGUGAGCAGAGCAGUGCAAUUUCAAAGGGUGUAAAUGUAACCAAACAAAGAGUCGGCAGGAGCGCAAAAGAAAUGGUUUUAUUUUUCGGAAGGCCGAAUGAGCCGUUCAUGUGCUACAACCCAUACACGGAGGAGAUUCUUUCUAUGGCAUCCCCGAUCAUUAAUCUCAUCAAUCAGAACUUCAAACGCUCCCCUAUGGAGACAUUUUUGGCCUGCGCCACACCAGAAAACAAUCUGUAUCUUGCCUCACACUUGUCGAAGCAAUUUUGGGUGUACAAUCCCUUGUCAAAUUGUUGGCAGGAGCUGGCUGAAAGACUGUUGAGUAGAACGCACUCAUACAUGGGCUACCUUAAUGGGCACUUGUAUGUUAUGGGUGGCAGAGAUGCUGUUUCGGAUGCCAGGCUUAAGGAAGUAGAAUGCUAUAGCAUUCAGAGGAACCAAUGGAUUUUUGUGGCUCCUUUGCCCCAUUCUUUGGGAAAGAUGCAGGUUGUGACCGUAAAUGAGCGACUUUAUGUUGUGAACAAAAGACGGAUGCUCUGCUAUGAGCCUAAGAAGAAUCACUGGCUCCAGAGGGCCUCUCUAAAGCGCAACAAACUCCAUAAAGCAUGCGUUUUUCAGGAGCAGAUUGUCUGUUUGUGCGAUGUCCCUGUUGUGAAAGCGUAUAAUCCGGCUCAUGGAGAAUGGAGGCGGAUUGGAGACAUUCCAAUCGAUAGCAGUGCCCUCAGCUAUCAAGUUGUGCAACAUGACAACAAUCUGCUUCUUUUAACUAUUGCAAUAGUUAAUCACAGCAAAAAUAGACUUGUUGUACAUGAAUACGACCCUACUCGGGACACUUGGAAAAGUGUGGCCACCAUGAUUGGAUCUGCCUUUGGAUCGGCAAGCCUCUCCACCCGGGUCUAUAUGGCAUGUUUGGGUUCUGGUCAGAACUUCAUCUCAGAGGAGGAGGAUGACAGCGGUUCUAGUGCCGACUGGGACUUUGAUGGAUUGACUGAUGCGGACUCUGACUCUGGCAGUUCAAGUUCGUUUUCGGAUGAAAACUGGUAGCCAGAGCACACGUCACAUGUGGAACUGUGUGCGUAAUACAGCCAAAUUUCAAAAAAAGGUGCAAAUAUAUUAAAAUAGGUGUUUUUUAUUGUUAGCCUGGCUGCGACCAGGACAAACCAUACUUGAAAUUCAUGCUGAGUAUUAUUAAAAACAGGUUUAUGUUUAUAAUGUUUGAUUCAGGAAAUAAUAACUUUGUACAAAGAAUUUUGAAAUAAAUAAAUAAAUAACAGUAUUAUGUUUAAAUAUGACAAAAAGGGUAAAACAAAACAUGUGAAAUAAAAAUGUGAGUGAGCUUAUUCUGGUUCCAAUGUGUGUGACAUUUAAAAAACGUUAUUAAAUAUUUAGAUGGAGAAACAAUUGUGUAGCAAGAAAUUAAAAAUGAUGAUACGAUAACAAUAGGUUGGUUAAAAUUAAAAAGGUAUGGGGGACACCAGG